AUGGAUGUAUUACCUUAUACAACUCUUAAACCAUCGCAAGUACUGACAUCAUCAGUGCCAAUAAUUCCAUAUACGUCAAAUUCUACGACUGUAUAUUUAUCAAAUGAAGAAUCUACUAUGAAUGCAUCAGUAUUAAAUAUUGUUUACUUUGUAUUAACAAAACAAGUACCUCCAUGUCGAAUAUUUUAUUCGGGUACAUUAUUUUUUCAAGAUGAUAAGGUACUUAUCGUUAUUGAUGCAUCAAAAUUUGAAACUAUUAUUGAUAUGCAAAUAAAAAAAAGACAAAUUAUAAUUGAUGGUUUUAUAGUAUAUACAAAUUGUCAACGAACAUUAGAUAUAAUAUCAUCGCCAAUAUUUUGUUAUCUUCAAACAUCGUCAUAA